CGAAAUUCACAAGAAGCAAGGUUUUGCAUUUUAGAAGAUUUAGUGAUAUAUUCCCCCACAAGAGUUGUUGUAUCUUUAAGAACGAAUGGCAAUCAAAAACAAUUCUUCUCUUCUAUUACCCUUGUUGAUGGUGUUUGCUCUUAUCUUCAUGCCCGUGAUUUCAGUCACUAAACACAAAAUCAAAAAUUAUGAGAAGUCAUCAAAAUAUGUGCAUUCGAUUGUUAUAGCACAGUGGAAUGCAGUAAUUCAUGCAUACGUGAGGGGUACGUCCAAGGGGUAUGUGUACAAAAUGCUCAUGGUACUGGUCUUGAGUGUUGCUGCGUAGUCGAUGACCCUUCUAGAUCUCAAAAUGGUUCUCCCAUUUCUACUAUGGACCAUAAUAAAUAAAUUUUCAUCUACUACAUAUUAUUUAAGAAGUAACAUUAUUCAAAAUAGUUGACUUGUCAACACUAUAACUAAAGUUAGUGUUUUUAAUUGAUGACAUGUAAAUGUGACAUGUCAAACUUCCUAAAAUAAACGAAAUAUUUUGAUUGGUUGAA